AUGUCCCCCUUAACUGCCGCCUCAAGGGAUGAAAACGACGCGACUGAAGUGGUGGUAAAGUCGUUCGAUUUAUUCCACGACCGCGUCGACCGCGCGUUUCACUCCAUGAAUCCAUCGUCGUCUUCAAAGUCGGAGUUUUGGAGAACGAGCGCAGUGUUGGCAAUUCGUCUCCCGGGAAAACACGUCACGGAAGACGACGACGAUGAAGAAGAAGAAGAUAAAGAAGACAAAGAAGAGAGAAACGACGAUUGCUUAUUCGGCACGAAGAAAGAAACGCGGAAAUCGAUCGGGAAAUGCGAUCGACUCGAUCGAGAGAACGAGUUCGACGGAGACGAUAUGAUGGCAGUUGGAGCGACGGAAGAAGACUUUAUGGUGGUGAGGAAAAAGCGGAAGCGACGCGUGAUUCCAGAUCACGAAAAGUUCCCGGAAAAGUACGUGAAAUAUAGCUUCGAUGAACCCGUAGUCGUUGGGGGUGGUGAGAGUGGUAUUUUAGAGAAAAAGAAACGGAAGAAGGAGAAGACCGACGACGUAAACGAGGUGCGAGAUCUGGGCGUACCGCAGGACGCGCUCGCGAGAAGCGCGGACGUGGAAAAGACGAGGAGGGAUGUAGGAGAACCUAGGAUUAUGCGCGGUAAGAAAAAGAAAGAAGGAGCAGAUGUGGAAAAACAAAGUAGAAAGAGAACGAAGAGGGUGACGCGGUCUUUGUCGAUUGCGACGACGAGCAUAGCGGCGCAAGAUGUAGAAGAAAACGGAGGAGGGUAG